AUGACUGACAUACUUCGGCUGGUGUCAGAAAUGGACGGGAGGACUAUACCUACUCUGUCCCAGCUCUCCGAAAAAGAUAUAAACUGUAUUUGGGCUGAUGUAUCCACCUUCAUUGAACAUCAGCUGGCCAUACAUAAGGGAGUUCACCUGGCAGGACUUGGCACCUUCACCUUCUCUCAGCAGAAGUUGGACAUAGGGAACAAGUUCACAAUGAUCCAAAGACCCAUCUUCCUCCUGGCUGGCAAACUAGUCCAGUCUCUGGGUUUAAAGCAGAUCAGGCCACUGGCUGCAGCAACACACCUACCAGUGGUGCAACUGAACUUUGCAGCUGUGUCACAAGAGACUCCUUUCAGUCGAGACAUGGUGGAGGGAUGCAUUAGAGAAACUCUUCUUCUCCUCUUCAGAGCGUUGGCCUCUGAAAAAAAUGUAUUCCUCAUAUUCCAGGGAAUUGGAGUUUUGUCCUUUAGGAACAACAAGGUGAGAAUGAAGUUCAACAGGGAUUUUAUUAAUGCCAUGGAUGGAACUGGUCGCCUGCUGUUAGCCUUUAACAAUAGAGCAGUGGGGAGCAGUGUCUCUUUAAUGUCUGGUGGCCUGUCCAGGCUCCAGAGGCCACAGUCUGCCAACCCUGUAACCCUGCCAACUGUCUGCUCUCCAGAGCCAGAGAAAAAGGCUGGUGACAAAACGCAAGACCAAAGGAAUGCAGGAGAAGUUCCCCAACAGAGAGAACCUAAAUCCCAUCAGCCUCUGCAGCCUGCCAAGAUGAAAGCUGUUAGCCUGUCUGAAGAACUGAAUCCACAAACCACCAUGAAGUCCACAGAAAAGCCCACUGACUCGGUCUCAAUACGAGAAGUCACUCACAAACUGGAUGACCCUCGUGUGACUGCAAACUGCUUUGGACACAGUCGUGCUGGACAGGAGCUGUGCUACCUGUGCAUGCAGCGUGCCCAAAGAAAUGUUCCAGUGUACCUGAGGGAGCAGCAGCAAGCAGAGGAGAAAGCUCAGGAGAAGCUCUUACUGCUGAAAGAACAACAGAGAGACAGGCAGCACAUGGACCAAGAACAGGAGAAACUAAAUGAGCAACAUGAGCAUGCAAAGCAGGUUGCUACAUUCAACCUACAAAUGUCAGAAAAGAAAGAGAAGAAUUACUUUCCUCUCUUCCCUACUUCAUUCGUCUUCCCAUCACGGCCCUUCACUCCGACGCCGAGGAUCCAGCAGCAUCGCUACAUGAACGAGCUUCAGGAUCAGAUAGUGACUCGCCGGAAACAGGAGUCCAGAGAUCAGAAGAACCGUCUUCUCCUGGAGCAUAUGGAUCAGGUCCAGCUGGUCCAGGAGAUGGCUUUGCAGAAGGCUCAGCAGCUUCAGCGGAAACAUGAGAGAACAACAAUUUACAAAAGGGCCCUUGACACUCAGGUCAGGGAUAGGAAGAGCUCAGACCCUCCAGAGUGCCAGGCUGACAACUCCGGUUUCAACCGCUGUGAGACAGCCACCAGCAACGCAGAGGGCCGAGAGAGGGCACAGAAGCUUUUCCGGAUAAAUUUCAGUACUGCCACUCAGCGGAAGAAGGAAGAACUACACAACCGCCAAGAACAGCUGCAGAAAGAGCGAGAAGUUCUCAAACACAACAAAAUGGAGCUAAUAUUGGACCACAUUAAUCGCUUUGAGAAGAGGCAGGAUAUCAGUAAAUCACUGGGGGACGAGUGGAGUCGCAACACAAAACUGAAACACCAGCGAGAGGAGGAGGAAAGGCGCUUCCUGAGGUCUGCUGGUCGGCUCCUGGUGGAUAAGCUUGCAGAGUACAAGUGCUGCUGCCAGUGUAAGAGGAAGACAACCAACUGCGGAGAGACAAACAUCUGGAAAGACUCUCAUUACCUCUCCGGCUCACAGUUCAUGAUCUGAUGAACUGUUGCACAGCAGCAUGUGAACAUCAAUACCUCAUGAAUCUCAACACUUGUAACUCAUCAUGUGACUGUUACUAAAAAUACUAUUUAAUUAGAUUAGGUAGAUAAAUAAUAAGUUAAGUGUGCAGUGUGAAGCUGGAGCAUACUUGGCUGUUUUGGUGUGCAGUUUGCAGUAUUGUUUGUGUUAUCGUGAGAUUUAUUCCUUCUUUCUUUAAUUAGUCUAGGGAGUUGACGUUUGUACUACUUUUAUUUUUCCUAAAAUAUGGUUGUUGUUUUUUAUUGGUACUGACCAAAUAGCUAAUCAAUUUUUUCCAAAGUUUUUCAAAUGCGCUUCAGUAACACUGCAAUAUUUAGGACUCAUUUUGACUGCAUUACAUUAAAAAGGGCAUCCUGACUCUUGCUUCCUCAAACAGACAAAGCCCAAUUUGCCCAGGAAAUAACAUACAGGUCAGGGCUGCAGAUAACUGCUCUUAGCAGGUAAUGAUAACAGCCCAGCAGAAGUGAUUAAAUAGUACAGAAGUGAUUAAAUACAAUCCAUUUAACAUUUUCCUGCGUUUAACAUACAAAUGUUUGAUGUUGCAUUAAAGACAAAAACAGAUUUGACUAUAUUUGACUGUAGUACUUAUUUAGUUUUGUUAAAUGUCCAUGCAGCACCUUGGCACAGGGGGUAGAGAGACUCUCUGUGUUAUACUUUGAAGCAGAGCUGUGCUAGAAAUAACCCUGACAAGUGAUAAGGGAAGUUUACAAUGCUGCAGUACAUACAGAGAAGAACAUCACAGAAAGAACGAUGAUAAAACUAUGAUGCAAAAAGGGGGCCCCAAAAGGGCCCCACAUUUGUGGGGACUGUGAUGAUAGAAGGAGGGAAACACAGAAAUGUGUUCCUCCAUUAAUCAUUUUAGGUAAGUAAUAUGGAAGAGAAAGUGAACGGACAAAAAUAAAUUAAGGAUGGAAUAAGAUA